AUGGGAAAACGAAAGCGAUCCCAAGUCCAGGUCCUCCGGACACGCAAAAGCCCUAGGUUCGUCCGCAGAGCGCCUCCCCUCCUGCGCCUCCCUCCGGAGCUCCUCCUAGAGCUUGGGCGCUUUUGCGAGGAAGACGUCCCUGCACUCAAGGCAACAUCUCAACUCCUCUGCGCCGUCUACUCUCGACCUAUAUACUUUGCCACGAAGAUCUUCUGCGGGGGUCUUCAUUUCACCGCCGACGACGUAAAGCGGGUCGAACGUAUUUGCAAGGCCUUCCUCGGUCCCCUCGAGCAUGGCGAACAUGUCCAGUUCCUCGCCAUUUAUGAUUUCAGCUACCAAUUCCUGGAGACGCAUUCUGACGAGCUUGGUGCGACCUUCGCCGAAGCAUUCGGCAGUAUCUUCCGCAACGACUGCGUGCCGAACAUCGUCACCUUAGACAUACACUCCGACCAUCUGUCCAUCAAUUGGCCCAAUGCCAUCAGCCCGGUCAAUUUCUUUCGCGGAGCCAAGCUGAAGAAUCUACGAAUGUUCUGGUUGCGCGUCCCCAAGGUCAACCACGUCGUCCUAUGCGCGUUUCUAAACAAGCACCCCGAGCUCGUCGAUGUCAACAUCGGCAACAUUUCUUCGCCGAUAUACCAUCUCGAAGAUGACCGGGGAACGAUGCCUGUUGCUCUAUCGCUGCCUAAGCUGGAGAUUUUCUCGGGGCCGGCCUUCUACUUCUACUGCUUUGGGACAGCUCUUCCUUCUCUUAGCGUCGUCGAGGUCUGGAUGCCCGGUCAGAAUAACGUGGACAGGGACGAGAAGAUGAUGAUGUUGCCGCAAAGUAUCAAACACCUAUCGUACGUACGUGGAGCCCCAGGAUCCCCUUUGACGAUCGAACCAGUCCUCGAAUACUUGGCGAAAAUCGCGCCUCAACUCGAGUUCUUGAACGUUCGAUACCGCGCUAAGCUUCCCGGCCCAUGGAAGCGCGAGAAACGAGUCGAGCCAGACGACUCCUGCUUGGCCGAGUUGGAGGCAGUAUUGCCUCGUUUCCAGAGACUCCAUUCGAUCGACUUCACUGCGAACACGCUGCUGGCGCGCAAGGAUCCCGAACGGUCCGAGGAGAUCGUCGACCGCUGGACUACGAUACGCCCUAUGCUCAAGAAUCUCAGAAUUAGUACGUCCGCACACUACUCUUUUCCUCCAAGGCUGUAA